AUGAAGAUUUCUCGUCCUUCUUUCAUAAUACUACGUCAGCUCUUCGAAAAAGAGUCCUCGACAUACUCGUACAUUCUUGGUUGUGAAGCAACUAAGGAAGCCGUUAUAAUUGAUCCUGUAAGAGAAACUGCGAAACGGGAUGCCACAUUGAUCGAAGAGUUGGGUCUCCAACCAUUAUACGCUAUUAAUACUCAUGUUCACGCUGACCAUAUAACCGGCACUUUCGCCUUGAGGGAGUUUUUUCCUAAAAUAAAGUCAUGUGUUUCUGCUGUGUCAGGAGGCAAAGCUGAUAUACUUUUGAAUGAUAAUGAUGUCAUUAAUUUUGGUAACGAGACUUUAGAAGUGCGCGCAACCCCUGGUCAUACGGACGGGUGUGUUACAUAUGUGGACUUUACAAACAAAAACGCUUUCACAGGUGAUGCACUGUUGAUCCGCGGUUGCGGGCGUACUGACUUCCAGAAAGGCUGUUCUACAACUCUCUAUCGAUCUAUCUGGAAGAAUAUUCUAACGCUUCCCGAAGAUUUUAACUUAUACGUAGGUCAUAACUACGAAGGAAAAACAUUAACAACGGUGUGGGAAGAGAAGAAAUGGAAUCCUCGAUUGACAAAGAAGGAAGAUGAAUUUGUGGAAUUGAUGAAGAACCUCAAACUAGCAUAUCCGAAACAAAUAGAAAAAGCUUUGCCAGCGAAUCUCCGAGAUGGAGAACCAGCAUAA